AUCAAACACAAAAACACAAAAAAAGCCAACCUAAAGAAGGAACAACAAAAGACCUAAAAACCCUCUCGUCUUCUCUUCUUCUUCUUCUUCUUCUCCUUGCUCUCUCUUGUCGUCGGCGGCAGAUUAUUCAAUCGUUAGGCUAUCGUUCCGACACUCUACAGUCAUUACAAACAUUUCAAUACAACAAAAACUCAUCCUUUUCUUCUCUUAUUAACCAUAAUUUCGGAUUCCCUUUCUAAGUAUACAGCUUUCCCAGAACGAGCUCUUGCAAAGCCAAAGAAUGUCGAGGAUUUGUGUUAAGAAUUUGCCAAAACAUGUGAAAGAGGAUCAACUUCGAGAUCACUUUUCACAGAAAGGAGAAAUCACUGACGCCAAAUUGAUGCGUUCCAAUGAUGGUAAGAGUAGACAAUUUGGUUUUAUUGGAUUCCGUAGUGCUCAAGAAGCUCAACAAGCUAUUAAGUACUUCAACAAUACUUAUCUUGGUACUUCUCUUAUCAUUGUUGAGAUUGCUCACAAAGUUGGAGAUGAGAAUGCUCCUCGUCCGUGGAGUCGUCUUUCACAUAAGAAAGAAGAGGAAGCUAAAAAAUCUUCUAGUGAAGGCUUAAAAGAUGGUAAUGCUAAAGGAGGUAAAAAGAGGAAAGCAGAGGUUGAUGAUCCUGAAUUUCAAGAAUUUCUUGAGGUUCAUCAGAGGAGUAAGUCGAAAAUCUGGUCUAAUGACAUGUCGAUUCCUCCUGCUCCUGAAGAAACCGGUAAAGAGAAGGUCUUGGUGAAGAAAGCAGAUGAGCAAAUAGUUUCCAAUGGUGUUGAGCCUAAGAAAGCUAAAAAAUCAUCUGAUACUGAAAAGACUAAAAAGAGCAAAGUUGUUGCUGCCAGUGAUGAUGUUUCUGAUAUGGAAUACUUCAAGAGUAGGAUUAAGAAAAAUCUGUCUGAUUCGGAGAGUGAUAAUGAAUCUGAGGAUAGUAGUGAAGAUGAAGCUGGUGAUGAUGAUGGUAAAGCUGAGACAGAUGGUCAGGAUGCUGAUAUUCGUUAUUUUCCUAUUGAUGGCGAUGUUGAAGCUGGCGGAGUUGGUAAAGAUGAUGAUGGCGAUGCCAUGGAAGUAGAAGGUGAUGGCAAGGUGGCUCAAGAAUCGAAAGCUGUCAGUGAUGAUGUUCUUGACACUGGUCGCCUUUUCGUCCGUAACCUGCCUUACACUGCAACAGAAGAAGAGCUUAUGGAACAUUUUAGCACAUUCGGUAAGAUAUCAGAAGUCCAUCUUGUUCUUGACAAGGAGACAAAAAGGUCCAGGGGAAUUGCCUACAUCCUUUACCUGAUUCCGGAAUGUGCGGCAAGGGCAAUGGAGGAAUUAGAUAACUCAAGUUUUCAGGGCCGGUUGUUGCAUAUUUUGCCAGCUAAGCACCGUGAAACAUCUGAUAAACAAGUGAAUGACACUUCUAACCUGCCAAAAACAUUCAAGCAGAAGAGAGAGGAACAAAGAAAGGCAUCUGAAGCUGGUGGAGAUACAAAGGCUUGGAAUAGUUUAUUCAUGCGACCCGAUACUAUUCUAGAAAACAUAGUCAGGGUGUAUGGUGUAAGCAAGAGUGAGUUACUUGACCGUGAAGCUGAAGAUCCUGCUGUACGCCUUGCUUUGGGAGAAACAAAAGUGAUUGCGGAGACCAAAGAAGCCCUUGCGAAAGCUGGAGUAAAUGUUACUUCUUUGGAAAAAUUUGCUACAAGGAAUGGUGAUGAGAAAAACCGAAGCAAACAUAUCCUCUUAGUAAAGAAUUUGCCAUUUGCUUCCACUGAAAAGGAACUGGCUCAAAUGUUUGGAAAAUUUGGAAGUCUAGACAAAAUUAUCCUCCCUCCGACGAAGACGAUGGCCUUGGCUGUGUUUCUGGAGCCGGCUGAGGCACGCGCAGCUCUUAAGGGAAUGGCAUACAAGCGUUACAAAGAUGCUCCCUUGUAUCUGGAGUGGGCUCCUGGAAAUAUUCUUGAGCCAAAAAAUCUUCCUGACACCAAUGAAGAGAGAAGUGACAUUGAAGAAAAUGGCGUGAGAAGAGUCAACUUGGAGCAGCAGGUUGAAAUCGAUCCAGAUGUAACUGAGUCAAAUGUCCUUAAUGUUAAGAAUCUGAGCUUCAAGACAACUGAUGAGGGUUUGAAGAAGCAUUUCACUAAACUGGUGAAGCAGGGAAAGAUUCUCAGUGUCACGAUAAUAAAGCAUAAAAAGAAUGAGAAGUAUCUUUCAAGCGGUUAUGGUUUUGUAGAAUUCGACUCUGUAGAGACAGCCACCAGUGUCUACAGAGAUCUACAGGGGACUGUUCUGGAUGGGCAUGCUUUGAUCUUGAGAUUCUGUGAAAACAAGCGGAGUGACAAGGUUGGAAAAGAUUCAAACAAGGACAAACCUUGUACAAAGUUACAUGUGAAAAAUAUAGCUUUUGAGGCAACCAAGAGAGAACUAAGACAGCUAUUCAGUCCAUUUGGACAGAUCAAGAGUAUGAGGCUUCCAAAGAAGAAUAUCGGGCAAUAUGCUGGUUAUGCUUUUGUUGAAUUUGUGACAAAGCAAGAAGCCUUAAACGCUAAAAAAGCAUUAGCCAGCACCCAUUUCUACGGACGCCAUUUGGUGCUCGAGUGGGCUAACGAUGACAAUAGCAUGGAAGCGAUCAGGAAGCGUUCUGCUGCUAAGUUUGACGAAGAAAACGAUAAUGCAAGGAAAAGGAAAAGCUCGAAAGCUGUUGAAGGCAAAAAUGAAGUUUGAGAGAAUAAUAGCUAUAGUUUGUAUUGACUGACCCAUGGUGUUAUAAGUCGCUUACUGUGAUUCUCCAUGGUUGAAAUUUUGUUAUCUACUGUUAUAUACAGUACAGAUAUUUCGUUCAACAGUUUAUAAAAAACUUUUCAUUGCUAUUAA